AUGAAGCUGUACCCUCAAGGUACUAAUUCAAAUCCGACAGAAUUAGGACCAGAAUCUUCUGGUGGAAGGAUGAAAGGAGUAUGUGUAGUAAAACCAGUAGUAUUUGGCAAUGUUGCUCGGUAUUUUGGAAAAAAAAGGGAAGAAGAUGGGCAUACACAUCAAUGGACUGUGUAUGUCAAACCAUAUAAUAAUGAAGAUAUGUCAGUAUACAUUAAAAAAGUUACUUUCAAACUUCAUGAAAGCUAUGCUAAUCAGAAUAGAGUUGUCCUGAAGCCUCCGUAUGAAGUAACAGAAACUGGAUGGGGAGAAUUUGAAAUAGUUAUAAAAAUUUAUUUUCAUGAUUCUAAUGAGAGACCAGUUACAUUAUACCACAUUUUAAAACUUUUUCAAUCGGGACCUGAGGAUGUAUUGAGUAAAAACGCACUUGUUUCUGAGUUUUAUGAAGAAAUAGUUUUUCAAGAUCCAACAGCCUUUAUGCAUCAUCUUUUGACCACAACACAUCCCAUAACAUCUGGAGUUUGGAAGCAUGAAACUGACUGUGCACCUAAUAGUUCAUUGAGUUGAGAUGUUUAGAAUUGGUGGAGUUGUUCCACAAAACUUAUUAUACACCUAUAGCUGCUCCAACCAGUCGUAAAUAGUAAAUACAUUGCUCCAACAUGAACUGUAUUAUGGCUCUGGUUAGAAAUUUUUAGAUUUGACCUUGCCUUAUUAAACUCAGUUAGUAAUGAAACUACUGGUAAAUUCUUUAAGGAUGAAAAAUAAUCAAGAUGUGCAGUCAGUAAUCGUUGGUAAACUUGAUAAAUUUGAUUUCUGACAGCCCAUCCUGAUUAUUUGUCAUCCUUAUAAUUUCAACAGGCAACUAUAUAUCCAUCAGUAAAUUCUAUAGUGAAUUAUUCACUUCCGGGCCGGUUCAAAUGAUGUUAAACUAUACGGAGAAGGUAUGGGGGUCAAUAAAGAAAUAACAUUCAAUAGUGGUGACUAUUUAUUAAAUACGGACGUUUCGACUUACUUUGUUGAUCUUUUCCAGGACUGAAUCAAGGAGACAAGUAUGUGUACCCUCUCUCCUUGAUGGAAACUUACAAUGUAAAUCAAAAGCUCACAAUUAAUAAAAAGCUAACACUAUCUGAUACUAGUUUAUGCCUGAUCUGGUAUACCAAAAUAAAUAACUUGGCACAUCUUGAAAAUAAAUUUAGAAAAGUAAUAUUUUUCUUAUUGAUAUGUGUUCAAUCUACCUCCUUUGUCUUUUCUGAGUAUUGAUAUUCUGAACAAAUGCACAAAAUUACCUAAAUACUCUCUAUUAUGUCUUUAUUUUUAUUAAGUUUUGGCUACUUGGGCACUGUAAGGGGAUUAUUAGAUUCUUUAAAAAAGUUUUAAAUCACACUGUUUCUUUUUAUAAAGAUAGCAAAUGGUGAUACUAGUGCUUGAUUUAGCCCUGGAGCCAGGGCCCAAAAAUCGACCUGAUCACAGGCAAAGGUUUGAUUGUAAAUUACGAAAGUGUGUGUUAUUCUGAGUAAAAAGAACCUUGUCUGCCGUUCCAGAGUCACUACUUUAAAAAAUGGUGGCUGAUUUAAAGAAUAUUAGGCCAAUAAUUUGAGGAUCGAAACGGGAUAUCCAUUGCGAAAAAUGCCAGAAAAGUUUUUAUUUUUUUAAC